AUGAAGAUUAACCAGAACACUGUGCUGCAAGGACAGAGGGUGACCCUGGUGCCGUACACUUCUGCACAUGUGCCCCGGUACCACGAGUGGAUGCAGUCAGAGGAGCUGCAGCGCCUCACCGCCUCUGAACCACUCAGCCUGGAGCAGGAGUACGAGAUGCAGCGCAGCUGGCGGGACGACGCAGACAAGUGUACUUUCAUUGUGCUGGACACGGAGCGGUGGUCCGGGCAGGCGCAUGCGGAUGAGGACUGCAUGGUGGGGGACGUGAAUCUCUUCCUCACUGACACUGAGGAUCCAACGUUGGGCGAAAUUGAAAUUAUGAUUGCAGAGCCCAGCUACCGCGGCAGAGGGUUUGGCAAGGAGGCAACUCUGAUGAUGAUGUCCUAUGGAGUGAGAAACCUGGGGAUCACCAAAUUUGAAGCUAAGAUUGGUCAGGAAAAUGAAACCAGUAUUUGCAUGUUCAAAAAGCUUCAUUUUAAGGAGGUUGCUGUGAACAGCAUUUUCCAAGAGGUGACGCUGAGGCUGGAUGUCACUGACCAGGAGAGACGGUGGCUCCUGGAACAGACAAACCACGUGGAGGAGAAGAGCUACGUUGAACUGAAGCUGCCAGCUGGGGUGCUGGAGACCUGA